GUACCAGUUAUUUUUUAGGUGGGCACUUUUGAAAAUCUUCAAAAUGUAUGGAAAAAACGAAACGUCGAACCUGUAUAACUUGGUUCAGAGCAAUCCUACAACACUCAUGCCGUAUUAGGUAUUACUCCAAAUGGCUAGUUCUACCGAUUCGUGCCACUUUCAAAAAGGGCCCAAAAUGAAUGAUCUCCUUUAAUAGCAAUGUCUGUUUACAACAGAAGACUAUACCGGCUAAAUCACAAUUCGAAAUUAAAUUUAAUUAAAUUUAUUGAAUCCCAAUAAGACCUCCGGCCAAAGUAGCGCAUUGUCUCUUAUCGACUUCAUUGGACAAUAAUGCACCGGCACAUCGCGCUCAAUUAGUACAAUAUUUUUUAAGCCACUCUGGUCUUUUUCUGAUAAGGCACUCUUCCUACAGUCCUAAUCUCGCAUUCUGUGACUUUGGACUCAGCUCGUUAUUGAAAGAUAAACCAAAAGGGCAGCGACAUUCUAAUACCGUCCAUUCACGCCUGGAACUUGGUGUGUGAAGAAGUCACGAAAAAAAUAUUUAAAAACAAAAUGAUGAUUGGCGUGCAGAAUAUUGUGUAUUUUAGCCGAUAGAAAUCAUUUUGAAAAAUGCUAAAGUUUAGUAACCAAAUCUCAAAACUUUCCUAGUGGCCUAGGUAUAAAACACUGCUCUAUAGGUACGCCCGGUAGUGAUAAAAAUGAUUUCACGCAAAACACUUUUGUUAUGUGCAAUACUGGUGACUUGCAGAGCCGAUCGCAAUUUUCCUGAGCACCUUAAGCUAGGUGCAGCCACUUCUUCCUAUCAGAUAGAAGGCGGGUGGAACGCUGAUGGUAAGGGUGAGAGCACAUGGGACAGGUUCGUCCACGAGAACUCUGGAGACAUCAAGAGCGGUGCUACGGGAGACGUCGCUGCGGACUCCUACCACCAGUGGAAAGAAGAUGUCAGGAUCGCUGCCAACAUGGGACUGCAGUUUUACAGGUUUUCAAUAAAUUGGCCCCGGAUCCUGCCAACUGGUUUCACUAACAAGAUCAACCAGGCUGGUGUCAAAUACUACAGUGACCUCAUUGAUGCUCUGCUGGCCGAGGGCAUUGAACCCGUCGUAACGAUGUACCAUUGGGAGAUGCCUGUGAAGAUUCGAGAUCUAGGUGGUUGGACAAAUCCUCUGAUCGUGGACUGGUUCGGAGACUACGCGAGAGUGAUCUUCUCUCAGUACGCCGACCGCGUCAAGACCUGGAUCACCAUCAACGAAGCCAUCUCGAUCUGCGACUACGCUUUUACCAAAGGGCAUUUUGCCCCUAAAAUAAAGGAGCCAGAAUUCGCACCCUUUCUCUGCAACAAACAUGUUUUGCUGGCACACGCUACUGCUUAUAGAAUAUAUGAACGGGAGUUUAAGCCGAAGUAUAAUGCUCGUAUAUCGCUUGCGAACUACGAAUUGUGGAUAAAACCAGCUACAGAAAACGAUACGGCGUUAGCGGAACUGGGAAGGCAACAUGCGACAGGCAGAUACUCGUAUCCAAUAUUCUCAAAGCAGGGUGGUUGGCCGCCGUCGAUUGAGAAGCUGAUGCUACAGUAUAGCUUGGGGCAAGGAUACCGGUACUCCAGGUUGCCGCCUUUCACCAAAGAUGAAAUAGAAUUUGUCAAAGGAACAGCAGACUUCUACGGCAUGAACCAUUACACAACAAGUAUGAUCAGACCGGCUAAGCCAGGAGAUGCCCCGGGUAUUUGGGACGUCACCGGCUCUCCGGAACUGAACGCCACCUUGGUGUUCCCGCCAAAUAGCAGAUUUGGUGUCUCUCCUAUACUUCCAGUCUAUCCAGAAGGCAUCCGGGAACAGCUAUCCUGGAUAAAGCAGGAGUACGGAGACAUCGAUAUCAUGAUAACUGAGAAUGGCUACUCAACCAACGAUUACGAGCUCAAUGAUGUGGAUAGAACACAAUAUUUCAAGGAAUAUUUGGAACAGGUAUUGCUUUCCAUAAAAGUGGACAACGUCAGCGUCAUAGGAUACACGGCGUGGUCUCUCAUUGACAACUUCGAGUGGCUGGAUGGAUAUACAACAAAGUUCGGUAUCCACGAGGUCGACUUCUCUCAUCCGAACCGAACGCGCACCCCGCGCACGUCAGCGCACUACCUCGCUUGCGUCAUCCGCGCGCGCUCGCUUGACGUGCCCGACCACUGCUACAAGGACAAAUACUUGGCCGACAGAGCACGAAUAACAUACAAAAGUGGAAACCAUAAGACACAAGCUGUAUUAUUUAUUAACAUUAUUUUAAUAGCUACAAGCUGUGUCUUUUAGUGAAUGCAU